AUGACGAAGUCCAAGGCGAAGAAGCGCAAACAGACUGUGCAGGUCGAAUUGCCGCGCAAGGCUCCCAAAACGGCGACGAGCACAGCAAUUACCCCUCCCGACAGUAGUGACGACAAUGCUGCGGCCCUCGAACCCAAGAGUAUCCAAACGGUCAUAUCGGACGAGGAGCUUGACAUCACGGUUGAGACUCUAAACGCUCUGGCGAAGUACCCGAACUUGAUCAAGUCAAAGCAGUGUAGAGACCUCCGGGUUGCCGUCUACGAAUUCCGCCAAAACUGCGCCAGCGGUCUCAACAAUGCGCCGGGCACAAACCUCGGACUUACGGCUCGAAUUACGGGCGCACUUGCGGACGAGAAGUACGACGACGCGCGGGUCUUGCUCGCCGAGAUGAGGAUUCGCGGCCAAGAACCGAAGCUGGGAGCAUUGUGUCGCUGGGUGCGAGACCUUGACGUCAUUAGCGGCCUGUCAACUAUGCCGGAAGGCGAACGAGACGGAGUCGUUUUCCAAAGCAGCGAAAGGGACAAGCAGCGCUUGCUGACCCUUGAUGCCGUGCUGCGUGCCUGCGGCCACUCAGACAGCAACCCCAAGGCAAUGCCGUUGCCCCUCUCUUCCACACCAGGCAUCGCUCUGCAAGAGACAUGGGACCUUCGCCCAUCCGCACCGCCGCAACAGGUAUACGCUUCGGUUCUCGACAGGACAAUCUUCGAGUCGGCACCGCAAGACCUUGCUGCGUCCCUCCGCGUGAUCGAACGCACGAGCGGCCCUCUACGCAAGCCGCCAAACCAUCACGACGCCCUGCUCUACACUUCUGCCCCGAACACGAUCCCGCUCACAGCAGAGCGUCCGCCGGCCACGUUACAUUCUCAUCCUGUGGUGCCUGGGCUUAGCCUCUUGAAAGAUGUGCUUUCCCCCGACGAGUGCAAGGCCAUCAUUGCCGCAGGCGAAACCGUCAACUUCCUCCCUGACGCGCCGCUGCGCGAGGAUGGAGACAUCAGCAUCCUCGCCCACAACUUCUACUGGGUCGUCGACACGGCCUUCCACGACGCUCUGUGGGCGCGAGUGUCGUCUUUCGUCCCUGCUUCCGUCGGCGGGCGUGCAGUCCGCGGCCUCAACCGUCGUUUCCGCGUUUACCGCUACGUCCCUGGCGCCGAGUACCGCGCGCACAUUGACGGGGCUUGGCCCCCGUCGGGUAUCCUUCCCGACGACACGUACGUGUACGACGCCUCGCCCGAAGGCAAGGCGCAGAGCUCGCUCUUUACGUUUUUGAUCUACUUGAAUGACGAGUUUGAGGGUGGCGAAACGACUUACUUCCUCCCAGGCGCACGCGAGGGGACGCUCAACGCGUACCCCAUCCGCCCUGUCAUGGGCGGGGUCGCCAUGUUCCCGCAUGGAGAUGCUAGGGAUGCGCCAUUGCACGAGGGCACUGGGGUUCGGAGGGGAGCCAAGUAUGUGAUCAGGACGGAGGUUGAGUACGACGUUAAACCUUCCGAGGAGGCGUAG